AUGCGCCGUGUGAACCUCUUUGCCCGUGGGGGUUUCUUUAUUGGCACGCAGUGCCGCCGCGCGGUAAUUUCGCCCGUCGACCGCAUCAGCGGCGCCAAUAGGCACAGUGCACCCCGCACAUCCUAUCAGUUUGCCGUUAGGGAUGAAGAACGUGGCUUGUACGAUCACGGCGUUACCCCCGACGCGCGAAUUCUGAUGGCGGAAGCGGAGGCGCAGUAUAGGGCGAGUGCACACUGGCUUCAUGCACCACCAGGUGGUGUGGCGCCCCCCGAGCUGCGCUUGGAUAGUGACGGUGGGGCCGUCUCAUGCAUUGCCGCACCCUUCGCGGAAGAGUACGUGCCAUCGCACAAGGAACGAUACGCCCAUCGUGGACAUGUGGGAGAGCUCAGCAUGCAGCGAGCGGCGGCGCCCAAAUUUCUACUAAAUGAGCAUGCAUCGUUGAACCUGCGAAAAGAACGCCAAUUUUGCGAGUUGAUGUCUUCUCCAAUGCCGUCUCUUCAAAAGGCGAUGGAAUUGGAGCGUUUGCUACAUGAUUUUUACCUCCAGCGGCUAGCAUUAUCUUCCCGCAACGUCGAGGCCAUCAUCGCUUUGUGGGCACAGUGCAGCGUUGAGGAACGCCUGGCAGGCAGGGCUCAGGUGCCGCGUCUGACUUCAUCUUCUUCUGCUGGGGAAACUCAUGUGAAUUCUGUGGCGGCAGUUGAUGCGGUGCCGUUUUUGCCUGCAAUGAAGCGACUGUACUUUCACGCCCGUCAGACACACGUUGCCCCCACACCGCUGGUCCUGGAGUGUCUCAUGACGACGUUGGCCGCCGUUACUUCACCCGACAGCAGCGUUUUCCACUUCUCCAACCGCCUUCUCCUAGAUGCCGAUAAGUACGUUGUUCUGCCAACACGCACGACGUAUGCUGCGUUUUUUACCAUUUGUAGUCUUCACAACGCCAUGUCCUUUGCAAUGGCACGUUUCAAGGACGCUGUUGUUGAAUUGCACAUUUCUGUUGACGCUACCAUGGCGACGGCAUUGCUCAAGGGCCUCUGCCAGAAUGGGUUAGUGGAGGAGGCACUUGCGCUGUUGGCUCGCAUUGAGCACGUACCAUUGGAUGUACAAUUCCUUAACGCCUCCAUGGAGGUGCUUCUUCUUUCUGCACAGCCACAGGCUUGUUUUUCUGCCUUUGAUGCCAUGCAGUCCUGCCCUGUGCAGCCGAAUUCAGAGACUUAUGCGCUUCUUCUUCUUGCUUGUGAACGCUCGGGCCUUUGGUGCCGAACAACCGCCAUACUCGCGGAUAUGCAAAAGCGUCGUGUGAGGGGAGACACCAAAACGCUUAAUUUACUGUUGAAAGGCCUUCUCAUGGAGCGACUGCAUAGCUACGCCAAGCAGCUGUAUGGAACAAUGGUGAAAAAGAAUGUGGAGGUAUGGCCUGCCCUGGAAUCUCAAAUGAGACUCACAGGAAAGAAUAGAAGGAAAGAGAAGAAGCCAAAGCAGCCCUCUCCAAUGGCGUCAUCCACUCAAACAUCAGAGCCAUGCUGA